AUGGCCUCGUUUCGCGAAUUCUUGUGCGCGGGUUAUGCCUAUGUACGUCAGUCUGCUUCACAUAUGAUUCUCUGGUAGAAUUAUAGUGCCGAAUGGGCUAUGGAAAUACCAAAGAUACCUGAGUGUGAACUUUAUAUCAGCUUUCCCAUGGUUCUGCUGGCAUACGCCCUUGUGGUUUCUUUACCUUACCUGCUUUUGCUAUUUCGAGGAAAAUCUACUCGUCGGAGGUGUACGAAACUACUGUUUUUAAAGAAUGUACGUUAUGUGUCGCUUUGUUAAUAUAGUAGGUGCUGUUUAUGGCCUUACUAGCUCUCAGUUGCUCAAAAAUAGCAAUGUGCUCUAUAUCUUCCUCGAGAACGGCCCUGUCCGUAUUUCAACCAUCGUCGCUCUGUGGUGCCGGUGUAAGUGAAGCUUAA